GGCAACACACUUGCAAGUGUUUCCUGUUGACAUGACAGAUUCUGGUAGUUCACACAAUGUUCAAAAGGCACAAGUCCCUUGCUUCAGAACGCAAGAGAGAAUUAAUUUCCUCAAGAGCUACACGGUCCAUACUGAAGAAUGACUUGAGAAAUUUUCACUCUUUGUCGCAACUUAUACUCUCAGCAGGCCCUCUAAGAUCAGCUGCAGCAGUUAAACAUGUAAAAACUACUCACUUUGAGAUUGAAAUUCUCGAUGCUCACACCAGAAAGCAGAUAUGUAUUGUGGAUAAGAUGACACAAAAAUCUACUAUUCAUGAUGUUAAACAAAAAUUUCACAAAGCAUGUCCAAAGUGGUACCCCUCUCGAAUCGGACUGCAGCUAGAACGUGGUGGGCCUUUUUUGAAGGACUACGUAACCAUUCAAAGUAUUGCAACUGCCUCCAUUGUCACACUCUAUUUUACAGACCUAGGUCGGCAAGUCAGUUGGACUACAGUAUUUUUGGCUGAAUACACAGGACCUCUGUUAAUAUAUUUCCUCUUUUAUUUGAGGAUCCCAUAUAUAUAUGACAUGAAAGAGAGCUCUAGAAGAUUACGUCACCCAGUGGUACACUUGGCCUGCUUCUGUCAUUGUUUACAUUAUAUCAGAUACCUUUUGGAAACCUUAUUUGUUCACAAGGUUUCUGCAGGACAUACACCUUUGAAAAAUUUGAUAAAGAGUUGUGCCUUUUAUUGGGGAUUCACUUCUUGGAUUGCCUACUACAUUAAUCACCCACAGUAUACACCACCAUCAUUUGGAAACAGGCAAGUCAUAGUAUCUACUAUCAACUUUCUGAUUUGUGAAGCUGGAAACCAUUUCAUCAAUGUUGUGUUGGCUCAUCCCAAUCACACAGGAAAUAAUGCCUGUUUCCCAACUCCAAAUUAUAACCCCUUUACAUGGAUGUUUUUCCUGGUUUCCUGUCCUAACUACACCUAUGAGAUUGGAUCAUGGAUUAGUUUCACAGUCAUGACGCAAACACUGCCAGUUGGAAUUUUUACACUUCUACAAGAGACCAAAUGUGUUCACCAAAAUAAUGUUUGUAAAGAAAAAAGAAAACUUCUAAUUCUGGAACACUCCAAUGAUUGUCAACAACAUGAGAUGAUUCAACAAAGAAAAUUAAGAAGAACUUGGAAAAAUAAAAGAAAGACAGAAAGCAUGCUGUUUCUCAAAAGCCAACUUAAAAUAAUUGUAUCAACCAGGAGUGUAUGUCAAAGUUAAAUGACACUUAUAGGUAAAGUAAGAUUAAUAAUGAGAGUAAUAAGUAAUGCUGUGUGUUUUCCAUGUAAGCACACUUCCAAUCUCCUAUAGGUGGAUGACAAAUUUGUUUUCAUUUUUUUAUUAAAAUAAAGCAUCUGUGAACAUUUUUGUAUAAAGCUAUAAUCGAAUACAUUUUCUAUUUUCUUGUGUAACUACCUGAAAUUGGAAUUGCUGGGUCAUAGGGCAAGUUUUGUAAGAAAUGUUUAAAGUGUUUAAAUAUAUAGUGUUAUAAGAAAUGGUUAAAUUUCUUUCUAAAGAUACGCAAAUUUUUAUACAUCCACAAGUUUUACAUUUCUAGUUACUUCACAUCCUCAUCACUUUUGUAAUGUUGUUGAGUGUUAAGGUAGUACUCCAUUGCAGUCUUACUUUACAUUGCAUGAUAUCUAAUCAUGUUGAAUAAUUUUGCAUGUGCUUAUUAGACAUUUGUAUCUUCUUUGAUGAAGUAUCUUUUGAAAUGUUGCUUAUUAUUUAAUUGGGUUGUUUCUUUUGAUAUUAUUGACUUAUAUGUAUUCUAAGUAUAUGGUGUAAAUCAGUAUAACUAUGUACUGUAACUCUUUGUCAAAUAUAUUCUCUAUAAAUAAUUUUAUUCCAGUAUGUGGCUUGGUGUUUAAAAUUUAUUAAAUUG